AUGAGUGAUGUGAAUCUGAAGUCUGGCCCUUUUGCCUACUCUUCCUCCCGCUCUUCUUGUUCUUCCUCCAGCUCUUCCUCUUGCUCUUCAUCUUCUCCUUGUUAUUUAAUCUCAUCCUUGAUGUCCUCUGCCUCCUCCAACUCCCCUUUUGAAAAUGGGGUCAUGCUGUACAUGGUCUAUUUAAGCAAGGAGGAGCUACAAACAUUCAAGCAGCUUUUAGUGGAUGAGAACCCCAGGCCUGGCUCUGUCCAGAUCACCUGGGACCAGGUGAAGACAGCCAGAUGGGGAGAGGUGGUUCAUCUCUUGGUGGAGUUCUUCCCUGGACGACUAGCUUGGGAUGUGACUCAUGACAUCUUUGCCAAAAUGAACCAGACAGAACUGUGUCUUCGGGUACAGAUGGAGCUAAAUGACAUUCUACCCAACCUGGAGCCAGAGGACCCGAACCCAAGAGAAAUGCCAGUGAAUUUGGAGGAAGGAGAAUCUGAUAAAAUACAAGAAUACAAACUGCACAUUAUGGAUGAGUAUUCCAUGAUACGUAUCGUGACCACUUGGUUUGGGACCCACGUAGACUUCUUCUACCAAGACAUAGAGAGACACGAGAGGUUCUUACCAUGUCUUUUUCUUCCCAAAAGACCUCAAGGUAGACAGCCCAAGACUGUAGUCCUACAGGGAGUCGCUGGGGUUGGAAAAACAAGCUUGGCCAAAAAGGUGAUGUUGGAGUGGGCAGAAAACAAGUUCUACCCCCACAAGUUCUGGUGUGCUUUCUACUUCCAUUGCACGGAUAUGGCCCAGGUGGAUGAGCAGAGCUUCUCCGAGCUGAUUGCCCAUAAGUGGCCCGGGGCACGGUCUCUCAUGUCCAAGAUUAUGUCCAAACCAGACCAACUUCUGCUCCUCUUUGAUGGCUUUGAGGAAGUAACACUGACACUCACGGAUAGACCAGCUGACCUGAGUGAUGACUGGAGCCAGAAAUUGCCUGGGUCUGUCCUCCUGACCAGUUUGUUGAGCAAAAAAAUGCUUCCUGAAGCCACCUUACUGAUCACCCUGAGGUUCACAUCUUGGAGGAAACUUAAGCCCUUCCUAAAACAUCCCUCUUUUAUAACACUUACAGGGUUUAGUAUGAUGGAAAGAGCCAAGUAUUUCAGAACAUAUUUCAGAAACAAGAGGGAUGCUGAUGAAGCCUUGAGUUUUGUCAUGGGAAACACAAUUCUCUUCUCCAUGUGUCAGGUCCCUGUGGUUUGCUGGAUGGUGUGUUCUUGUCUGAGACAGCAGAUGGAGAGAGGAGCAGAUCUUGCACAGUCAUAUCCAAAUGCCACAGCUGUAUUCGUCCAAUAUCUGUCUAGCUUAUUUCCAACCAAACCUGGAAGACUUCCCAGUAACACUCAUCAGAAGCAACUGGCAGGUCUGUGUUACUUGGCUGCAGAAGGUAUGUGGAACAUGCGAUGGGUAUUUGACACGAAAGACCUUGAGCAAGCCAAGCUGGAUAAGACCGCUGUUGCUACUUUUCUCCGUGUGAAUAUUUUUCAAAGGGUGGCAGGUGACAGAGACCGUUAUGCUUUUGCCGUCAUAAGCUUCCAGGAGUUUUUUGCUGCCUUGUUGUACGUUCUGUGCUUCCCACAAAGACUCAGAAGUUUCUGGGUGUUGGACCGUGUUCAGAUCAUACGCCUGAUAACAUAUCCCGGAAGAAAAAAAAACUAUCUUGCUCAGAUGGGGCUUUUCUUAUUUGGUCUUUUAAAUGAAACAUGUGCUUCAGCUGCAGGGAAGUCAUUUGGAUGCAAGCUGUCCCUGGGUAAUAAGAAGAAAUUGCUGAAAGUGGCAGCCCUGUCAUAUGAAUGUAACCCACCAACCGUGCACCAUGGCGUCCCACAGCUAUUCUACUGUCUGCAUGAAAUCCAGGAGGAGGCAUUUGUGAGUCAGAUCCUAAGUGAUUGUCAGAAAGCUGCUUUGAUCAUCAACAAGAAGAAAGACAUGCAAGUGUCUGCUUUUUGUCUUAAGCACUGUCAACGUUUGCGGGAUCUAGAACUGACUAUUACUCUGACCAUCACCCAAGUGUGCUCACUCCACCCGGAUCCCCUCCAUUCCACUGAAUGUCUACAUCCCUCCAUGUUGAACGAAGACUUAAUCCAAGUUUUGAUUGAAAACCGGUAUCUGAGAUACUUGGAAAUACAAGUCACAGAAGUGAGAUGUGAGGCCAUGGAGUUUCUGUGCACAGCCUUGAAAAGCCCACGGUGCUAUCUGCAGUGUCUGAGGUUGGAAGACUGCUCGGUUACCCCUAAGUGUUGGGUUGAUCUUGCCAGGGAUCUUGGAAGUAACAAACACUUGAAGACACUAAUGCUAAGAAGUAGCUGCCUGGAGACAUUUGGGGCAUAUUGCCUGUCAGUGGCCCAACUGGAGAAGCUGGUAUUGGAGAACUGUGACCUCACCCUGCUUACCUGUAAAAGUCUUACGUCUUCCCUCAAGAGUAAUGGGAUGCUGACCCAUCUGAGCUUGGCAGAAAAUGCCUUGAAGGACGAAGGAGCCAAACAGCUUUGCAGUGCCCUACAGCACCCUGCGUGUCCUCUACAGAGGCUGGUGCUGAGAAACUGUGCCCUGACCUCUGACUGCUGUCAAGACUUGGCCUCUGCUCUGGAUAAAAACAAAAAUUUGAGAAGCCUGGACCUUGGUUUUAACAGCCUGAAGGACGAUGGAGUUAACCUGCUCUUUGAGGCCCUCACGAAACCCAAGUCUGGCCUCCAGAUUCUGGAGCUGGAAAAGUGCCUAUUCACCUCUGUCUGCUGCCAGACUAUGGCUUCCAUGCUCCUCCACAACCAGAGCCUGAGAUACCUGGACGUGAGCAAGAACGACAUUGGGCACAGGGGUAUAGUGCUCCUGCGGGAGGCCUUCCAGCAGCGCAAGUGGAAAGAGAAGGUUGUUCUGUAA